AUCAACUAAACUGUCAUUUUUAAGAAACAUGUUUCAUUACGACAUUUGUUCCAUUUCAAUUUUCAUAUUAUUAUCAUCGAACUUGACAAGUUAUCUUACACUAGUGAAUUCUUAUGUUGUGCCCACGCCAACGUUCGAAGUGUUAAAUCCAAAAGGAAUUCUUAUAUCGAUAUCGGAUGAGCCCGGCAUACAAUUUUUUGCGUUUCAAGGAAACAUAAAUAGGACUAUUAAGUUGAACGAAGUAGGACGAAUAUCGGGCGAGGUGUAUAAGAAGAAUAAUGGAAAAUGGAUCAUUCAGAAUCGAAAUAUGAUCUUGGAAAACGGAGAUGUUAUACAUUAUUGGACUUAUGUACAAGUUAAUGGGAUAAUGUAUAACAGAGGAGAAGAAACCUGGACAAUUACAGCUACCAAAGAGUUAGUGUUCGAUGAAACAUUCGACAUCUUUAAUAACUCACUUUGGAGACACGAAACAAAAAUACCGUUAAAUCCUGACUAUGAAUUUUGUAUUUAUCACAAUAGACAACAUACAUUUGUAGCAUCCGUUAAAAACGGAAUGCUUAAAAUCAAACCAGCGAUUUUAGAAAACCACUAUGGUGUAAAUGCAACUAUGUAUGGAACGCUACUACUUAGCGAGUGUAGUAGUACGAUUCGAGAUGAAUGCCGACGUAAAGCUACGUCAUUCAGUAUUUUACCGCCUAUUAUAUCUACCAGAUUAAUUACGAAAAACAGUUUCUAUUUCCGAUACGGAAAAAUUGAAAUAAGAGCAAAAUUUCCUGAAGGUGAUUGGUUAUAUCCAGAAAUGUGGCUUAAACCAAAGUACGAUUAUUACGGUCCCGAUUAUUCCAGUGGAUGCAUUGUCCUCGGCCUUGCUCGUGGAAACGAUAAUUUAGUGAACACUGUCGAUGGAAGCAUCUACGAUUCAAGAAGAUUAGAUUUUGGAGUCCGUAUUGGUACAGGUGUAAAUAUUACAAACCACAUGGUUUCUCAGACUCGAGAGAAUGGGCCAAGAUGGACGCAAGAUUUUCACGUUUACACAACAAUUUGGAAUUCCAAAGGAUUUCAAUUCCUUGUAGACGGUGAAGAAGUUGGUAAAUUAAAUCCUCCGACAGAUGGUUGGAUGUAUGGGAAUAAUUUUACCCAAAUGGCUCCUUUUGAUCAAGAGUUUCAUAUCGUAAUUGGUGUGGGAGUUGGUGGUAUUCGCGUAUUUCCUGAUAAAACAAUUAGCUCGGGACACAAAAAACCAUGGAAAAAUAUCGAAGCCAAGGCAAUGUUGAACUUUUGGCAUGCAAAAGAUAAAUGGUUACCAAGCUGGAGUGGAAAAAAUGCUUUCGAAAUCGAUUAUAUUCGAGUAUGGUCAUCUUAAAAAAGAUUAUGUUAUUAAUAAAAUUUACAUAAAAGAGUACUAAGAAAAUUAAUUUGUAAACAAGUUGCAAUUUUUAAAAUUUAAAUAUGAAAUAAUUCUUUAUAGCAUAAUACGUCAAAUAUGUUUUAGAUAUCGAUGCUAUUAGUAAUAACACGACAUUCGUUAUUUUACUUUUUCUUAUUUAUAAUCGCUGUACUCGUGAUCAUAAACACGUACUAAAUAAUUAAAUGCGUAAACUUUAUUUUUACUACUGAAUGUAUUAUUUUUCUGUGACGAAUACAUAUCACAUUUUAAACAUA